GAGAAACCGCCUAAGAUUUAGAACGUAAAAGCAAAUCUCUGGAGCCGACGCGUUUCUCUACACAGGACAUAAUUAUGGGUUCAUGGAUACUGACGGCUAUGUCCGUCGCGCUGCUAUUGGCAACAUCCCUGACAGCUUCCACACAGUCCCCUGCUGUGAGCUGCCCCGUGCCGGGACCAGCUCUCAUACCCCACCAGUUCGAGUGCAGCUGUUUCUUCCAGUGCAACCGGAACGACACGAUACCAGCGCUACUGCUGCGGUGCCCUAACAAACUACACUACAGCGAAACUUCACCUGCGAGGUGUGAAGACCCUGAAGAGGUUCUCUGCACUCCGCUCAUAACGACAAGGCUGACUGCUUCUACCGAUCCUCCAGCUUGUCCAUCUGACCAAAGUGCCCUCGACUACGUCUAUCUGGUGUCGAACCCAAGAAACUGCUCGCAGUUCUACAGAUGUCACCAAGGUGAAGCCCAACUCUUUGAAUGCCCAUCAUACUGGUAUUUUGACCCGGUUUUUGAGGUUUGUACACCCGCUAAGGAACCCUCAUGUCCCCCUACAAAUGACGAAAAAAUUCUUCUGCCACAUCCAACACAAUGCAAUGCUUUUUACAUAUGCGACUGGGGAAACCCGGUUCUGUUUUACUGUCCAAGCACUCUCUUCUUCAGUAAUAAAACUAAAGAGUGUGACUUUCCACAAAAUGUUGACUGCAAUCGUUGUCAUCUGUAACAAUGUUGGAAAGGGGUACUCAGUGGUGGUUUUCGGACAAAACGCAAAGGAUUUGUUGACUCUGAAUGUUUGUGAAGAGAAAUUUGGUGGACUUGAACACAGAUUCUUCUAGAUAGUUUACCCGCUCAACAGACAAACUGAUUAAUAAAAGGUUAAUAACAAAGUUUGGAAUAACAUGUCGUGGUUAUUCUGGUUGUAAGGAUAACCCUAUCUCGACCGAUUCGAAAAGCCUUUGUCUUUUAUCUCGUUAGUCAAGAAAAGCUGCAGAGAAGAAUAAAGCAUACAUUUUAUGUCCAAUGUGUUUUCCGUAACUCUUAUGGAUUGAGAGAUAAUUAAACACAACGAGCCGAUGCAACAUUGUCACUUUAUGCACACAUUUCCUAAUUAUUUUUUUCUUCACGAAUAAAAGAAAAAGAAAAUCACCACUGCUUGUACUGAAGUGCGCCUGCGUCUAUGUCAAAAUGUUUUGUCGCAAAGGUCACAGCACACUUCAUGAAGGCAUAAUUUAUAUUUUAUUUCCUUAGAUAUUAAAACGUUUUAAUAGAAUAUUUCAACAAGUGAAAAUUUUAAAUUGAGUCUGCUGCAGAAUAUGUAUGAGAGAAGAAAUAGUGUUAAUAGAAAGUAAAGAGAUUUCAACACUUCUAUGAAAAUAUUAAACGCAGAUAAUAGGGAGAUCCCAAAAUCAAACGUUCCUGUACUUUUAUAGAACAAUCUCCACACGUUUUCCUUCAU